AUGGCCAGCCUGACCACCAUGGAGAAGAUGCUCCUCUUCCACAAGCUUGAGAGCGACUUGUUCCACCGACUAGUGCACGACCUCGCCCAGGACCCGGCGGCCAUGCGGUGGGUGAUCGCGCUCUGGCUCUGGUUCGAGUCCGUUGGCCACCACGACUUCAUCCGCCGCGUGGCCGCUCUACCGGGCCCAGUCGUGCUGCGGUUCGUCGAGGAGGCGAUCGCCUGCCUCCGCUGCCUUGCCAACCCACCGGGCCAAGGGGCCACGGCAAGCGAUGGCGACGGACGCGACAGGCGCCUGCCCUGCACGAACGCGCUCCUGACUGAGCACAUCAACGACGUGGCCUACUUCCAAGGUCGCCGUGAAGUCUUGGACGGCGUCAGCCACCAGCACAGGAGCAUCUGCCUCGCCGUUUGCAAUGUCGGCAACACCACCACUUGCAUGCCCAGCAACACGGGCGGUGUGCCUGCUACCCCGCCGAUGGUCAGCUCCCCUAUCCGCGCCACCCCGAGGGUGGUACCCUUGCCACUUAACCCGAUGGCAACAUCCUUUCCACUAAACCCCAUGGCAUCCCCGUGGAUUCCAAUAAUGCAAAGCCCCUUGCCGGACGACUACCGAUCCCUAUUCAUCACCUUCUCCAAAGGCUACCCCAUCAGCAAGGAGGACAUCAUGGAGUUCUUCAACUCGGUGUUUGGGCCGUGCGUUGAGACGGUGAUGGUUGAGAAGGUGGCGCCGGGGCAGCAGCCGGUGUACGGGCGGGUGGUCCUGCGCAGCGCGGCGAUGAUCCCGGUGGUGCUGGACGGGAGGCAGACAGCCAAGUUCCUGAUCAAAGGCAGGCACCUCUGGGCCAGGAUCUACAUCCCAAGCACCAGGCUCUCCGACGCCUGA